AUGGAGGCCGACAAGCACAAGGAGACUGCAAACACGUCGGCAGUCUUGUCCGACAGCAACAGCCAUGAUGAGGAAGUUGGCGUUGUCAACAAGUCGAAGCCCUUGGUCCGUGAGCUGCGGAACAGGCACAUGCAGAUGAUUGCCAUUGGCGGAUCCAUCGGCGCCGGUCUGUUCGUCGGCAGUGGAAAGGCCCUGCGCACCGGUGGCCCUGCGUCGCUGUUGAUCUGUUAUACUAUCAUCGGAGGAAUGCUUUUCUUUGUGUGCCAAGCACUCGCCGAAUUGGCCGUCCUGUAUCCUGGUAUGAACUGGAACCCCCGCACAACCGUCCGUCGAGAUUACCAGUUAUUAAUGAGAUUAUGGGUAGUGAACGGUGCUUUCUAUACCUAUGUGGUCCGUUUCGUUGAUCCCUCUUGGGGCUUUGCUGUUGGCUGGGACUACGCACUUUCAUGGCUCACCGUCUUGCCAUUCGAACUGAUCGCAGCAUCCAUCACGAUUAAGUACUGGCGUGAAGACCUGCGACCUUCGAUCUGGAUCGGCACCUUCCUCGCCGUUCUCAUCAUUAUACAGCUGUUUGGAGUCAGGGGUUACGGCGAGGUCGAGUUCAUACUCAGUGUGAUCAAGAUUGCGGCUUGCACGGGCUUUAUCAUUCUGGGUAUUGUCAUUAAUACUGGUGGUGUGGGCAACCAAGGAUACCUCGGAGCGAAGUACUGGGUAGACCCUGGACCCUUUCAGAAUGGGUUUAACGGGUUUGCGGGUGUUUUCGCAAUCGCAGCCUUUGCUUUCGGCGGCACCGAGCUUGUUGGACUGGCAGCGGCCGAGUCGGACAACCCGAGGAAGAGCAUCCCGGCGGCGAGUAAGCAGGUGUUCUGGCGCAUUGCCUUCUUUUACAUCGUCAACCUUUUCAUCAUUGGUCUCAUUGUGCCCGCCAACGACCCUCGUCUCCUGGGUGCCUCGGGCGCCAACACCAAGGCUUCUCCCUUCGUGCUCGCCAUCGAAGAUGCCGGCAUCCGCGUCCUGCCGCACAUCAUGAACGGAGUCAUCACCGUCGCCGUCAUCUCAGUGGCCAACUCGUGCGCCUUUGGCAGCACGCGGACGAUGCAGGCCAUGGCCGAACGUGGCAUGGCCCCCAAGCAGCUCGCUUACGUCGACAAGAAGGGCCGCCCGGUCGUGUGCAUCGUCAUCCAGCUGGCGUUUGGUCUCCUGGCAUUCAUCGGCGAGUCUGCCGACUCGGGCAAGGUCUUUGACUGGCUGCUAUCGCUCUCGGCCCUGUCCUUCUUCUUCGUCUGGGGCUCCAUCUGCCUCGCGCACAUCCGGUUUAGGUCCGCGUGGAAGCUGCAGGGCUACACGUUGGAGCAAAUCCCCUACAGGCCGGCGUUUGGCGUCUAUGGCAGCUGGAUCGGGUUCGUGCUCACCUGCUUGUGCCUUGUUGCGACUUUUUACAAUGCUUUAUACCCAUCGCCAAACGCCAAACCCAACGCCGAGGUGUUCUUCCAGAGCUACAUGGCUGCCUUGAUUGUCAUUGGUCUUUACGUAUUCUGGAAAAUCUACUCUAGGGAAUGGAGGCUUUAUGUGCCGCUGGGCGAGAUCGACCUCAAGUCUGGUGUCCGCCUGGCGGAGCCGUCCGACGAGCCCGAAGAGGAGCGGACCUGGAAAAACCUGCCCAGGCGCAUACUAAAGGCUUUGUUCUAA